GAAAGCAGAAUUUAUGCUGUAGCCAAAUCUGGUUUAAGGAUGUCUGAAGCUUUCACCAUGGAAUCUCUUAAUAAAAGUGCUGUUUCACUACCUUCGUAUUCCAUAUCCGGAUUAUAUACAUCUCUGCUAUAUAAGAACAUGACCACUCCUGUGUACACCACUUUGAAAGGGAAAGCAACUCAAAUAAGCAACAGCCCCUUUGUGGAUGAGUCGUCAGGGUCGGAGGAGGAAGACAGCUCGCGGUCCAGCUCCAGGACUUCGGAGUCUGAUUCUCGAAGCAGGAGUGGCCCAGGCAGUCCUCGGGCUAUGAAACGAGGUGUGUCUCUGUCUUCUGUGACCUCAGAAAGUGACUAUGCUAUUCCUCCAGAUGCAUAUUCAGUAGAUACAGACUGUUCAGAGCCAGAACAGAAGCUUCCUAAGACCUCUUCCUCAUCUAGUGAUAAUGGAAAAAACGAACCUUUGGAAAAAUCUGGUUAUCUGUUAAAAAUGGGUGGUAAAGUAAAGACCUGGAAACGACGGUGGUUUGUGCUUAAAGGAGGUGAAUUACUCUACUACAAAUCUCCAAGUGAUGUCAUUCGAAAACCUCAAGGUCAAAUUGAGCUAAAUGCAUCUAGCCAGAUUGAAAGAGGCGAUGGAAAACAAACAAUUCAGCUGACCACAGAAAAACGAACAUACUACCUGACUGCAGAUUCUCCCAACAUCUUAGAAGAAUGGAUCAAAGUACUACAGAAUGUUCUUAAAAUACAGGCUGCCAGCCCGCUCUUCAUACAGCCUGAAGUCAAGCCAACCAUGAAAGGAUUACUUACAAAGGUGAAACAUGGAUAUUCCAAAAGAGUUUGGUGUACCCUAGUUGGAAAAAUUCUGUAUUAUUUCCGUAACCAAGAAGACAAGUUUCCUCUUGGUCAAAUCAAGAUUUUUGAGGCAAAAGUUGAAGAAGUUGAUAGAUCAUGCGAUUCUGAUGAAGAUUACGAGGCUAGUGGUCGCAGUUUAUUAUCAACACAUUACACUAUUGUUAUCCACCCCAAAGAUCAAGGACCCACUUACCUCCUUAUAGGAUCCAAACACGAGAAGGACACAUGGCUUUAUCAUCUGACAGUUGCAGCUGGAGCUACCAGUGUAAAUGUUGGAUCUGAGUUUGAACAACUUAUUUGCAAAUUAUUAAAUAUGGAAGGCGACACCACUUCUCAGAUUUGGAGACAUCCUACCCUUUGCCACAGCAAAGAAGGAAUUGCUUCCCCUCUUACAACAUUGCCAUCAGAAGCCCUACGAACUGAAGCAAUUAAAUUAUUUAAGACCUGCCAGUUGUUUAUAAAUGCUGCUGUUGACUCUCCUGCGAUUGAUUACCAUGUGUCUUUGGCCCAAAGUGCUUUGCAGAUCUGCCUCACACAUCCUGAACUUCAAAAUGAGAUCUGCUGUCAGCUUAUUAAACAGACUAGACGUCGACAUCCACAAAACCAGGCAGGACCAAUACAGGGCUUGCAGCUCUUGGCUCUCUGUGUUGGGCUCUUUCUGCCCCAGCACCCGUUCCUCUGGCUUCUUAAACUUCACUUAAAGAAGAAUGCAGAUCCCAGGACUGAAUUUGGGAAAUAUGCAAUCUAUUGUCAGCGAUGUGUAGAGCGUACCCAGCAGAACGGAGACCGAGAAGCCAGACCUUCCAGGAUGGAAAUCCUUUCUACUCUCCUGAGAAACCCCUACCACCAUUCACUGCCCUUCAGUAUUCCAGUUCACUUCAUGAACGGCAUAUAUCAGGUUGUUGGGUUUGAUGCCUCUACCACAGUGGAAGAAUUUCUGAACACCCUGAAUCAGGAUACAGGGAUGAGGAAACCAGCUCAGUCAGGAUUUGCACUGUUUUCUGAUGAUCCCUCUGGCAAGGAUAUAGAGCACUGUCUUCAAGGAAACAUCAAGAUCUGUGACAUUAUUUCAAAAUGGGAACAAGCCUCCAAAGAACAGCACCCUGGGAAAUGUGAAGGCACAAGGACUGUCCGCCUUACCUACAAAAAUAGGCUUUAUUUUUCAGUUCAAGUCCAUGGGGAGACAGACAGAGAGAAGCUGCUGCUAGUAUAUCAGACAAAUGAUCAAAUAGUCAAUGGACUUUUCCCUGUAAACAAAGACCUAGCAAUGGAACUGACAGCUCUUUUAGCUCAGAUAGAGGUUGGAGAUUUUGAACGGCCUUUCUCAACUCCAGCAGGGCAAGUGACUUCCCAGUCAAAGUCCAACCAAACAUUAAAACAAGUUUUGGAGAGAUUCUACCCUAAGAGAUAUCAGCAUGGUUGCUCAGAGGAACAGUUAAGGCAGCUCUGUCAGCGACUGUCGACAAGGUGGAUGGCGCUGCGGGGGCACAGCGCUGCGGACUGCGUGCGCAUCUACCUCGCCGUCGCCAGGAAGUGGCCUUUCUUCGGGGCUAAGCUCUUCCCUGCCACACCUCUAGCAACAUCCUCAGUUGAGAAGUCCUUCAUAUGGUUUGCUGUACAUGAAGAUGGCGUAAGCAUCCUAGAUUACAGCUCUAUGCGAUCAACAGUUACAUAUGCGUAUAAGAGUCUGAUGACUUUCGGAGGCUAUCAAGAUGAUUUUAUGUUGGUCAUUAACAAUGCUCAGACAAAGGACAAAUCAACUGAAAAACACCUUUUUGCCAUGGCAAAACCCAAGAUUCUUGAGAUCACUCUACUGAUUGCCAGCUAUAUUAACAACUUUCAUCAGCUGAAAGGAGCUGCUCAUCACCUCUCUGCUCCGGCAUUACUGACACCUCAGACUGGACAGAAGCUCAAGGAGGUGGGGAGUCAGCCACUUCUUGCAAACAACAGGCCAACCAAGUGUCCCACUUUGUUAUGA